AUGGAAGCAAUAAAUCAAGGUCGAAAGCUUAUUAAAGAUAAAGUUCGCGAUGUUAACACGGCCAAAUCUCUUAUUUCUUAUGCAAAGCAGCUACUCACUAAAUCUCGUGCUGCUUGGGCUCCUCCAGAAAAAGGUACAAUUCCAUAUGAUCCACAAUCAUGGAUUGAAGAACUUUUAUUUGUUGCAUAUGUUAUUUCAACAUGUUUUGAACAGAAUCCAAAGCAAUUUACCGAUGAAAAUCUUCAAAAUCAGUUGGUUGCAAUUUUAUCGUACGCUUCAGUACAAUUACGCCAGAUAGAUAUGAUAUCUUCAAUCAUCGAUUCGAUUGUUCAGUCGCUUAUUUGUCCAAAUUUAGUUAUUCCAGAUUAUAUUUUACUUCAUAACCACAACGCAGUUCAUUUAUUACUUAACGUUUAUGAGUCUGAAAUUUCAGAUGGUGUUCUUUUAUCGGCAUGCAUCUGCCUUGCAAAAGAUAAAAACUUUUACCACUCAGUUGACAAAUAUUUACCAAGAAUAGAACAGAAGUAUCCAGCAGGAGCAGCAUCACUGAAAGCUGUCCUCAUCAUGCAAAACAUUUCCAACUCUCAAAUACCAGAAAAAGCUCAAGAAGCUUUGACAAUAAUAAAUAACGCGCUUUCAAAGGAACCUAAGAACCCACAGCUCUUAUACAACGCUGCAGUCUUAUGUCUCAAGCUCCACAACAAGGAGAAAGCCUGCGAAUACGCUAUUAAAGCUUUGGAAUCAAAUCCGGCUCUUCCUUACACUGUUCUUUUAGUUAUGAAGUUACUGAGGUCUAACUGUGAUUUUAAGGCAGCUCUUGACCUCGCUGAUCGUUCUCCGUUAGAAGCAGGCUAUUGGUCAAAAGAAAUCGUAAUCGAAGCUUGUCUUGUAGCCGCUGAGUCCGGAAACAAGCAAAAGAUCGAGAAAUACUUUACUAGACUCCGAAAAUACUGGCGCCAGGACCCAGAAGCACUUUAUGCAACUGUCAAAACAUCAUUGAUGCUUAAUAACAUAGCCUAUGCAUCAGAAUGUUUUACAUUAUGGUCAGAGUUCGACCAACAGUCGGCAGAAUUCUUCUACGCCUAUUCUCAGCUCUGCAUUUACUCAAAUGAUCUGAAAGAAGCGGAAAGACAUCUCAUGUAUGCAAUUGAUAUUGAUGGAUCUUGCGCUGAAUACCACUCUACACUUGCUCUUGUCCUUCACAAGCGUGGAAAACCAGAAAUGGCAAUUGAAAGAGCCAAAUUCGCAAUUGAUCUUGAUCCUGACUGCAUACAUUCGUGGCUUGUCCUCGCAAAUGUUAGUGAUGGAGAUGUUUCGGCCAAUGCUCUCAAGAAAGUACAAGAUCUCAGAUCUACAACUGUUGAUAUGACUGGAGUUGAAUUAGUAAUAUGCAGUGGUGAUAGUCGUGGAUCUUUCUCAAUAGAAUAA